CGACCCCCAACCCCCGGAGGAGCAAAAGCGAAGCGAGCUCCACCCCGCUCCACGAUUCCGCCACCGGCGACAACUCCGAUCGAGCUCCGGCCAUGGCGGUUGCGUCCGCCGUCUCCUCCUCUUCGAGGGCGCUGGGAUCUCACCGCGACGUCCCCGCCCAUAGCUUCUCGGCCGAGGCAUUCUCCUCGUCCUGGUCGCGCCCCGUCGAAGCGAGGCCGGUGUCGUGUGGCGGCGGCGGCGGCGGCGGCGAGGAUGACAUGCUCGACCUGGACUCCCCGUGGGUGGCGGAGGGCGAGACGGAAUCGAGGUUGGAGGCGGCCGCGGCGGCGGGACUUUACCUCCGCGCCGAGGAGCAGGGGGGCGAGGAUGAGAUACGAGACAACCGGCAGCGACAGGAGGACGAGUUGAUGGCAUUGGAAGCGAUAUAUGGGGAUGACCUGGUUGAAUUUGAGAGCAAAGAAGGGCUCCAUUAUUUCCAGAUUUACAUACAUUAUGAUCUGCAUGAUGGCGCUGAAGUGUGUGCUAAAUUGUCUUCAGCUAGCGGAAAUCGAAAAGAUGGAUGUCCUAAUGAUUGUACAGAGGAACAUGAUGAUGAACCAGAUGAAUUCUCUUACACGUGCAACUUUGAGCACCUGCCUCCUUUGAUACUGACAUGCUUGCUUCCGAAGUCCUACCCAAGCAAAGACCCCCCAUAUUUUAAUGUCACUGCUAAAUGGAUGGAUGGGCAUAAUGUUUCUCAACUCUGUGAGAUGCUUGACACCAUUUGGGCAGAGCUACCAGGGCAAGAAGUGGUAUACCAGUGGGUUGAGUGGAUACGUAACUCUUCUUUGUCAUAUCUCCUGUUUGAUGGUAAAAUCACAUUGGGUUCAGAUUGUCCAACCCACAAAGGAGAUAACCGUGCAAUCUCAAGAAAUCUCUCACUGGAGUCUGUGAUCCCUUCAAUGCUUAAUUACAGCAGUAAGAAGCAGUACGAAGCUUUUCUCGAGAAUCUCCAUAAAUGCAGGAUAUGCCUUAACCAGAGCAAAGGUUCAAACUUCGUCAGGCUUCCAUGCCAGCACUUAUUUUGUGUGAAAUGCAUGGAGACCUUAUGCAGGAUGCAUGUGAAGGAAGGUACCGUGUUUCAUUUGGUGUGCCCUGAGACGAAAUGCAAUGCUUCUAUUCCACCAUAUCUGUUGAAGAGGCUUCUGAGGGAAGAAGAGUUCCAACGUUGGGAUAGGCUUGCUCUUGAGAAAGCAUUGGACUCGAUGUCAGAUGUGGUUUACUGUCCCAAGUGUGCGAUCGGUUGCUUGGAAGAUGAGGAUAACAAUGCACAAUGUCCAAAAUGUUCCUUUAUCUUCUGCUCGUUUUGCAAGGACCCACGCCAUCCAGGGAAACAGUGUCUAACUGCAGAACAAAAGCUCCAGCGCAAACAGGCGUCAGGCAGGAUGACUGAGUGGGAGAUGGUAAAAGAAAUGCUGAGUAUAAAAAAGCUGUACAGAGAUGCUAUAUUAUGUCCAAAAUGCAAGAUGCCCAUCAGCAGAACUGAAGGGUGCAACAAAAUAGAGUGCGGCAACUGUGGUCAGUUCUUGUGCUUCCGCUGUGGCAAGGCCAUAACUGGAUAUGAUCAUUUCAGGAGUAAAGGCUGUCAGCUCUUUGCGCCUGUUGACAAUGACACGACGGUGUGGCAGAGGCAAAUGGAAGUGCUGAAAAAUGAAAGAGGCAUGCGAGCUCAGAGGCGCCAGGUAGCUGGAAGCGAUACCGUGAAGUGUCCAAAAUGCCGUCAAGAAGUACUCAAGGAUGAUGAUAAAUACAUUUACUGCUGGACGUGCCGAGCUAGCUAUUCCACACGGUCCAAGCAGCACGGGCAGGGCAGCAGCAGGUCGAGGAUGCGAGGCAAAGGGGCCAUCAAGGAUGAUCAGGGGGAUGCAUGAAGCUGAAAAGUUUGUAGAGUUGUUCCUGUGCUACCGUUGUCACAGUUUCGCAGGAUUUUGCCGUUGGCGUCAAACGCUGGAUCUGACGUUAUGUGUAGCUGAAUACGACGUUACGCGUAUGGAUAAAUGACCAUACCUGACAAGCUAGGGUAACUGGGUUGGAGAAACCAGAAUGAGAAAUUGCCGAUCGGUGUUUCUACUUUUCUCAACAAAAGCUCGUGUAUCUCAGCGUGCCCAGGGCCUUUUGUGCACACAGUUAACGUACAGUAUAUAUGCAAUAAUUCUGUAAAGUUACGGCUCGGCAUGCAGAA